AUGGAGCAGGGAAAUUACACCAGGGUGAAGGAAUUUCUUUUUCAAGGACUGACCCAGUCCCGAGAGCUGAGCUUGCUCUUAUUUCUUUUCUUAUUUUUGGUGUACUCAGCAACUGUGCUGGGAAACCUCCUCAUCAUGGUCAUGGUGACCUGUGAGUCUCACCUUCACACCCCCAUGUACUUCCUGCUCCGCAAUCUCUCCGUGUUGGACAUCUGCUUCUCCUCCGUCACUGCUCCCAAGGUGCUAGCAGACCUUCUCUCAAGGAGAAAGACCAUCUCCUUCAAUGGUUGCAUGACACAGAUGUUUUUCUUUCACCUCCUCGGUGGGACUGACAUUUUUUCUCUCUCUGUGAUGGCAUUUGACAGAUACAUGGCCAUCUCCAAGCCCUUGCACUAUGUGACCAUCAUGAGUAGGGGGCGAUGCACAGGCCUCAUCAUGGCUUCCUGGGUGGGGGGCUUUGUCCACUCCGUCGUGCAGGUUUCUCUGUUGCUCCCACUGCCCUUCUGUGGACCUAAUACGGUUGAUGGUUUCUACUGUGAUGUCCCCCAGGUCUUCAAACUCGCCUGCACCAACACCUUUGCUCUUGAGGUCUUAAUGAUUUCCAAUAAUGGCUUGAUCUCUACUCUGUGGUUCAUCUUUCUCCUCAUGUCUUACACGGUCAUCUUAACGAUGCUGAGGUCCCACACUGGGGAGGGUAGGAGGAAAGCCAUCUCCACCUGCACCUCCCACAUCACUGUGGUGACCCUGCAUUUCGUGCCCUGCAUCUAUGUCUACACCCGGCCCUUCACUGCCCUCCCCAUGGACAGGGCAGUCUCCAUCACCUUCACCGUCGUUAUCCCUGUCCUGAACCCCAUGAUCUACACCCUGAGGAACCAGGAGAUGAAGUCAGCCAUGAGGAGACUGAAGAAAAGGCUUGGACCUUCUGGAAAGGGAGAGAUACCAUGA